AUGAGUGCUCGACCUCCGUUCCCACCAACCUUAACAGCAAGGGAUCUAAUACCGGCGGAGAUUAAUAAUGGGAUAGAGGCGGUGCGGACAGCGAAUGCAUUUAUAGCAUAUCGCAUGGCACUGGUAAGAGAAUUAAAAUUACAACGCGUUCCCUGUCAUCGAUCAAACGUUUCUUCUCAUGCAAGCCGUCUGUGGGCGGAAGAACCUGAAGAAGUUAAAGACGUUUAUAGGAAAAUGGCAACUGACGCACAGUUGCUGUAUAAUAAAACUAGAGGAAUAACAUUUCUCUACGAACAACCCAUUCCGAAUGGAAAAUGUAAAAUAGAAAGUGAAACACAGUCUUCCUCAACACAAGUUUUUGAGGAAAAAAUUCUUUCAACAAAAAAUCCGCAAUAUGAAGCACCAACGCAACAAGGAAAUUUCAUGUUAAACCCUCCUCCUCCCUCCGUUUUGGAUCAAGAACAAUCGAUGUACUACGAUAAUUCCGUUGAAUCCUCAUCGAAUGUUUCGGUUCCCUCGAAUAUUCCAACAUUCGAUCAUAAUCUAGCCGGUCUAAAUUCCUUUGGUGAAAACGUCUUUGAGAAUACCAGAAAUGCUGAACUUGAACAACGAAUACAAGUAUUGGAAAAUCAGUUGGCAUUUUUUUAUCAAAUGUACUUUGGUGGAUAUAAUAAUUAUCCUGCAUAA